AUGGUCUCGUAUUCAAUGCAGCCCUACUACAGACAAGCCUCCCUCACUGUCGACACCGCACAGGCACAGCAAAAAUAUUUCGAGGAGGACGACAACAGCAUAUUAGACGACGCCAUUCUCGACCACAGCGCUAUUGACUCUGGUCUCGAGAUGUCGCCCCAGAUGAUUGACAGCAGGAGAGACUCCUUCGCAGUUGGCUCUUCACUGUUUUCACCAAAGCAAGAGGACUGGCAGUCGGUCGACAUGCAGUCGGUGCCUUCCAACAACCCUUUCAUGGACCCGCACAGCAACAACCCCUUCAUGCGCCUCGACCAGCACCAGCAGGCCCAGGCCUUUGCUCAGCAGCCCACGUCCUGGCCCAUGACCGCGACCUCGUCGUCCACCUCGGCAACGCCCAUGGCCGGCUUUGACGGCCUGCCCGCUGAGUUUGACCCCGCCAACGCCUCCAUCUUCCACCGUCCUUCGAUCCAGUCACAAUCUUCCUUCUCCAACCAGGGUGCUCACAUCAACAUGUUCUCGGGCAUGACCGGCCAGUCAAUACCAUCGUCUCCGCAGAAGGAUCCUUGGGCGGCUCAGAGCCAGGCCAUGUCCAAAAAGAUGCGGUCCAAUAGCCCCGCCAUCAGGUCGCACAACGAGCUGCGCCGUGGCGAUGGUAUCCGGAAGAAGAAUGCCCGCUUCGAUAUCCCCGCCGAGCGCAAUCUGAGCAACAUUGAUCAGCUCAUCGCGCAGUCGACCGAUGAGCAGGAGAUCAAGGAGCUCAAGCAGCAAAAGCGGUUGUUGCGUAAUCGGCAAGCAGCCCUUGACUCUCGGCAAAGGAAGAAGCAGCACACUGAGCGUCUCGAGGACGAGAAGAAGCACUACACCCAGAUGCUCGGCGACAUGGAAGAGAAGGUGGCUGAGAUGGAGAUACAGAUGGCCCAGCUCAUGCGCGACAACCAGGGCUACCAGGAGUAUGUCCAGAAGCUGAACCUCGAAAAGGAAGAAAUGAUCCGCGAGCACACCAUCGAGACCGGCGAGCUUCGCAAGAAGAUUGGCGUCCUCACCAGCCACGUACAGCAGCUGGAAGGCAACACCAUGCCGACAACCGCGGCCAUGAAUGUCCCUCAAAACCCCGGCUUCCCUGGCCCGUUCGGCGACAUGGACGGCCUCGCCAUGGACGGUGGUUGGGACAACAUGGGCUUCAUGCAUGACUUCCCGCUCGAACAAACGGCGGAGGUCAAGCAGGAGCUGCAGAUGGUGCCGACCAAGAAGAACGAGGUCUCGCUGCCUCCGUCGGACUCGGAGAAGCCCGCCAACCAAGGCGGGCUGCUCUUUAUGCUCUUCCUCGUCGGAGCCUUUGUGUUGUCGAGCCGGCAAACGCCAAGCAUUCCACGUGUGUCUGAAGACGUUCGUGCCGCAUCCAAGACCCUUCUCGACAAUGUGCUCAAGGACGCCGGUGUGCCCCCCUCUGCCUCAGCUAUGGCCCCGCAGCCUUCUGGGCCAGCGAGCUGGGGCCAUGCUCCCGCUGCCCCCAUGAUGACUGGACUGGACGGAGUCGCCCCUUCGAUGCUGGGCGACCUGUCCGACUCGCUCACUCGACCGACGCAGCAGCAGACCAACGAGCAGCUCUUCUCUCUCUCUGCAGCUCAGUACAACGGCGUCAACUCCCAGGACUUCCUCCAGACCCCUCCUCCCGAGCGUGCCGCCAGCCAGGGGCGACGCAAUCUUGCCGACGCCCUGGCCUCGAUGCGCACCAACAACAAGGCCGAUGUGUACACACGGUCCUUGCUGUGGGAUCAGAUCCCCAGCGACGUCGUCCGCACCUUUGCCAAGAUGGUGGCAGAGUGCAACACACGAAAUGGCGCAGAACAGGCCUGCAAUAACGAAGCGCCAGGCCCAUGA